AUGCUAAAGGGCACACAAAAUAUACAAAUUAAAAAACCUAUUGGCAAUGAGUUGCUUAUGGGAAUUAAAAAAAUGGAGAAUGAGUUAAAAAAGAGAAAUGAAGAAUUUGAAGAAUUGAGCAAUAAUUAUAGAGAAAUAUAUGGGCUAUAUGUUAUGACAAAGAAAAACUUAGAUGAAUCGUCAAAUAACUUUCAAGGAAAGGUCUGGAAACUGGAAUCUGUGAUAAAAGGAAAAGAUAAUGAAUACAUGAACCUAAAGGCAAAUUUCCAAGAAGUGCUGGAGGAAAAAAAUAAACUUGAAGAAGACAUUGAGGAGUAUGAAAAGGCCAUUUAUGAGAUUAACGAAAAUUUGACCUCUCUAAAGGAAGCACAUAUGGACGAAUUAAAAGAAAUCCAAGAAGAAAUCUCCAAUCUUUAUUUAGAAAUUGAAAAGUCAAAGGAACAAUUAGACACCAUGCAAGAAGAAUGUGAAGAUCUAAGAAAGCUUAAUCAUGACAAAAGUAACACAAUCGAUUCACUAAGUAAAGAAAUUGACGCCCUUAAGGAAGAGAAAAAACAACGUGAAAAUGAAAUGGAAUUAAUAAUAUCUUGUCAAAAUAAAGUAAAAAUGGAAAUGGAAUAUAUGAAUAAAGAAAAGGAUAAAUUAAAGGAAGAUGAAGACAAGUUUUUAAUGGAGAAAAAACAUUUUGAAAUAUAUAAACAGCAACUAGAAGAAGAGAAAAAAAAGAUUGAAAAAAAAAAUGAAGAAUUAGGAAAAGAAAAAGAUAGACAAGAAAACAAUAUGAAAAAUAUUGUAAUAAAGUAUAACAACUUACAAAAAAAAGUAGAUGAUCUUUCAGAGGACAAUUCGAAUAAGGAUACUUGUAUAAAGGAAAACCAAAAUAAAAUAAACUUGUUGAAUGAUGAAAACAGUGUUCUUAAGAAUGAAGUCACAACUCUAAAUUCUAAAAUGCAAGAAUUAAAAAAUGAGCUAGAUAGCGAACAAAAAAAAAAUACAGAAUUGAUGGAAAAUGUUGACAACAAAACCAAUGAAGUGUCUCAAAGGGACUCUAUUAUACAAAUUUUAUAUAGUAAAUUGAAAGAACAGGAGAACGAAAACCUUAUAUUCCAGAAUGAAAAUAUAUCUUUGAAAAAUCAUAGUAAAAAAUUGAAUACAAUUUUAGAAAAUAGGAAAAAGGAAAUGGAUCACAUUGAAAAUGGCUUAUGCGAUAAACUGUCUAAAUUAAUAAUUAAAAGAAAAAUAAGGGACAAAGAUGACUUAUGCUUUGAAGGACAUCCCCAAUCAAUGCUCUUGAAAAUUUUAUGGGAUGGUUAUGUAGACAUAUGCAAAAAUGUAUUACGAUCAAGGGACACCUAUUUAUUUACUCAAAACCGAAAUCAUAAAUUUAUUUCUGUUUAUGACACAGAUUUGUUUUUGGAUAUCACCCAGGAAAGCAAGAACAAAUGCUCGAUCUCAUACAAAAGUGAAACUCGAGGUAUUUUUUUUGUAAAUGAUGAUGAAAGUAAAAACAUGAUUUAUGUUGGGCCAUUUAGUAAGUAUAGUGGAUAUAAUGUAUCAGUAUGUAAAAAAAGUAACAAUUUGGAAUUAACUAGUAAGGCUAAAAAUAGUUACAUAUUUGAAGAGAUGUGUACAACAAAGAAGGGAACAAAAUUAAUUUUAAUAAAAGAAAAAGAGAGUGGUAAAUAUUUUGGUGGAUUACAUAAUAAUUUUUAUUUUGAAAAACAAAAACAAAAACAAAAUGGUGUCGAUAAGUCAUAUUAUAAUGAUGCAGUAAAUAAACUAAUUGACUACAUGUCAAAUGAUAAGGAAGAAAAUGCAAGUAUGGUAUUGAAAAAAUGUAAUAGUGAAGUUAAAAUCGAAGAAGGAAGUGUGCAGGUUGAAAAUGCUGAGAAGGUUGAACAGGUUGAAAAGGUUGAAAAUGCUGAGACGGUUGAGGAGAGUGAGGAGAGUGAGGAGAGUGAACUGGUUGACGGUACGAAAGAAAUGAAUGAGGAAAACAAAACAUCUGAUAACAAAAUAGAAGACGAAAAUGUUCAUAAAUAUAAUAUAGCUAAAGAUAUGUUGCUAUUAUCAAAUAGUAAUUGUAAUAGUACAACCGAUAAUGAUAGUAAUGGAUAUUUUUACAUGAAUAAUAAAUUUGGUUGUCAAGAGGGAGGAAAUAAUGAUGAAGACUUUGAUGAGAAUAAUUCAAGCUUAAAAAAAUAUAUAGGAAAUAAUAAUUUAUAUAAUUAUACAAAUAUAUCAAUGCAUAAAUGUUAUAUUGCUAAUACUCCAUGUUUUAAUAAUACAGUUUUAACAUUAACAGAAAAUAAAGAUGAAGCAAUAUUAUUCGAAGUUUUUAACUAUGAGCAAAUUGUUGAACACGAUUCAAUUAAAUACGCCUCAGAAUGUAUUUUACAAUUUCUUUUAAAUUUCAAAAAAACUAGUUCCCAAGAUUUAUCAACAGUAUGUAGUAACAAAAAUUCAAACUUCAUAUCAUUGAAUGAUGAAGACUGGAAUAUACUUCCAGCAUAUAUGUAA